GCAAAUGCAGAUGCAGGUCCGUGUUUAACCCGCAUAUCGCGUCUUUCCCCUGCCAAUUUCAACGACCUGGAACAUCUUCAAUACUGGAACACCAUUCUUAAUUCUCUCAUCCGUCGUAUUGUGAUGCAGCUCAUCCAUACUCAUAGUAGUACGUACGACUCUUAGUUCAUAUUACUUACUUACUACGUACGCGUAUAUCAUCUCACUUACACUGCAAUAAUCUUCUAAAUCAAACCUUUAAAUCCAAUGUUGUAGUUUUAUCGCCUUCGGAAUUCCAGAACUCUUCUGUCCCACAAUCACCAUUAUAGGAAAUCCAUUCGCUCGGUCAAGCUAGUCAUGAUAUGCAUAUUUCUCUGCAUCUAUGAUGAAUUGAUGUCUCUGAUAGAUUGACUAUGUCAUGCCUGUCAUGAAACAACCUGAAUCAUCGACCAACCCAUUUUCAGCAAACCCCUAAUCCCGGCUGGCGAUCAUACGCCCCUGAGAAGAGGCCUCUUUACCCGUUUCGGACAUAAGAAACUGCCUAGCUGCCCAGUUCAAACAAUCUGGCUGUCGAUGGUGCGAAACUCCAUUACUUCCGGCAGGGCUACGAGACAACGACAUUGUUAUCUUACGAAGCGAGCCUAGAACGAAAUGGGCAGCGAAGAAGGCUCGUCUGUUUCACCACUACUUACACUACAGUAGGCGAAGAAGAAAAAAAACGGUUUUCGGUCGGCCGCAGAUCUAGCCAGUAUCUAUAUCUCAUCAUUGUCCUACAGUUCGUUACCUUUCCAGUAUCGAUCGUUAGCAUUACGCUAUCGCUUGCUACAUGAGAGAUCUCAUAAAUGCUGUUCUCGUACAAGUGUACAGCCACGGAAAAUACGUAAGUCCUUGUCGCAUUAAUAAAACUAGACCUUGACGUUCAAACCCCUGAGCAGGAGAUCUGUGUGCUUUAACGAAGUCACAUAACUUUUGAUGUCCUUGUCAUAUCUCCCUGUUCCCUCAAACCCAUGACCAAAGUGGAUCAGAUGUUUAUCGACUCCUUACUAUGCGCAUUCCUCUCUAUCUUGCACCGUUCCGUAUCCAACCUCACAACCCUACAACCCUUGGUUUAAGGCUGGAGACUUGACGUAGAUCCUCCCGCGCUCCUACUACUUAAAACUACGCCGGGCCGUAUCUCAUCUGUGUUCCUUCUUCCUCCAGACUCCUCUGCAGUGUCUGUUUCUUCCAUCACUCCUCACCUAGGACCCAGUUGCCUGACAAGUACUGCUUGUUUGUUCUAUUCACAAUUCUCUCCGGAAUAGAUCGUCCUAUCUUUUUUUUAACUAAAGCCAGCUUUGAAACCUUCGUUCACUUUUUGCAUUCUUCCAAAUUCACAGGCUGUGCCUCGUUUUUACGCACUUGUAAUCACCAAAGCCAAGUCUUAACGAAUACCUGAGCCCCCUUCAGCCUAUUCAAACCCCAGUUACCAAACUAGAAGACAAUACCGUCAAGAUGCAGUCGCGAUUCCAGACCAUCCGAUCUCGGUUCACCCCUAACGGGAUUCGCACAUCUUUCCGCCGCUCAUCUACGGCAUCCACUAGCUCAACAAGCUCAUACCAGUCGUACAGCUCAAGCUCUUCAUCGCCUGUGAGCACGAUAAAUGCUGUAUUAGUUAGACAGCCGUCUAUUGCCGACCUGGAAGAAGAGAAGCGUAGCUCCGGGCCUGAGUUGAACAUGCUCGAGCCCAGACCCAUCGUCUACUGGGGCGGCGUUGAAGAGCGAAUGGGAUCCUUACACUUCUAAACAAUUUUCAAGCUUGCUUCUUUUUUUUCAAACAAACCUUUACUAUAGACCUUGAUGGCCAGAUGAGAUGCGCUUCAUCAUAUUUAAAAUGGGGGACUCCUGGAGGAGUUUCACAGAUGACUUGGGCCAUGCACGAUGUGAUGGGACGGGACUUAUUGACUGAGGACGUUUCCCCACGAUUACGGGACACGACAAACAGAACUUGAAGAUAUCACAAUCGCGGAGCACACAGGGGGUUAGUCGGGAAUGGAAUGGGGGUUUAAUGGCGCACUAGGAUGGCAGGAUGGGUUAUUCGGAGUUUUACAAUUGCCGCUCUAUAAGAUGGAGUUUUAGAGAGAUUUUCCAGAUACUUACGAGGAAAUGAACAAGAUACAGCUUGCUCAAGC